GGCUUGACUCCAAGUUUGGCGGACGUGAAAUACCUUGAAACAGCCAAGCGCCUUGAACUCUAUGGCGUUGACUUGCACCCUGCCCGGGACAUGGAGAAUGUUGAGAUCUACCUGGGCGUUGGCUUCAAUGGAUUCGUCAUAUACCGAGACCGUCUAAGGAUUGGUCGAUUCGCCUGGCCAAAGGUGUUGCGCAUCGCCUACAAGCAGAACAACUUCUUUCUGAAGAUCAGGCCAGAUUACGUGAGUUGA